AUGCCUGCGCCUGUCAAAAUCGUCCUCUCUCUCCUCUCUCUCCCCCGUUCUCCGUUCCGUUCCGUUGCGGGGGAGAACAAAAGCCUUUACGAAAGCCGCUUCUCUCCCCCUCCUCUGCUCUCUCUCUCCAUUCUCGCCGACGAUCUCUCUCUGUCCAUUCUCGACUCCGACGCCCCGCCGACGACCUCGCCUCCGCCUCCGCCUCCGCCCCCAACGCCCUCUCGCGACUCCGACGCCCCCGACUCAAGCUGGUUGCCUCCGACGCCUCCGACGCCACCUCCUCCCCGACACCCUCUCGCGACUUCGACGCGCCCGACUCAAGUCGGUUGCCUCCGACGCCUCCGACGCCCCCGACGCCGCCUCCGCCUCCGCCCCGACGCCCUCUCGCCACUCCGUCGCCCCCGACUCCGACGCCGACGCCCACCUCCGCCUCUGCCUCCGCCGACGCCCUUUCCACCUCCGCCGAAGCCUCGACCGAUCGUUCGGCUGGGGACUCUGCUCAUAUCUCACAGCGUCAUCGUCAGUGUCAUCUGCUGCAUUGCUGGGGUUCUGGCUCUGCUUUUGCUGCUGAUUCUCACCAAGAACACCUACAUUCCAGUCACUCACGCCAUGCGGUCACUUCGGAGUGUCAAGUGCCUUGCUGCUUCCAUCAAGUGGUCCUGGCUGAAUUAUCUUCCGGGAAGACAACUAGGCUUGUGAAAUCUCAUGCCUGACAGGACAAUUUUGC